AAUUUUGUAUGAAGUAAGGAUGUGUGGUCUGGUUUCCCAUGUCGUUUGGCCUAUAUCUGCGGCGAUAGCUUUAUCUGCCGUUAUUAGCACGUUGUGGCUGUCUGGGAUUACUGACCGUCAAGGCAUAUGGUCUAAGGAUUAUUGUUCUCUUCUGAAUGACCACAGCUUUCUCUACGGCUGGAUCUGUGGCCUCCUAUUUAUUCCAUUCAUCAAAAAUGCCACCAGUAGCCUCUUUCGUUGCUGUUUUGCGGAUAGCGGCGAAGACAAGCUUUAUGGUCUAGACCAUGCUCUUCUCAAUAUUGAGAUGCCUCCGCCAAGCAUGUGGAUGAAUAUGGGAUAUUGGAAACAUACUCAAUCAUUUCCUGAAGCGUGCACCGCUCUUCUGGAAAAAGUGCUACGGACAGCUGGACUUCUUGAUAGCAAUCGAAGACCGCUAAGCGUCAGAGACUCUUCGGCCCUAAGGAUUAUUGAUGUUGGCUGUGGUUGUGGUGACCAGACUAUCUAUUUGAUGAAAUGGCUGGCCCGGAUCGAUGAUCAUGCUCCUGGAUCGGAGCGUCGGCCGCUGUUUGACGCCUAUGUCGGCAUAAAUGUGAAUCAACACCAGGCCGAGUUUGCUCGUCAACGGAUCAAAGAUACCGGUAGAAGCGACAGUAUCCAUAUAUUCUGUGCAGACGCAGCAGAUCCGACGUCGUGGAGCCGCGAACUCAAGGAUGCCGUAACCGCGACAUCUCAGCAAGGAUUCGGCGAUAAGCAGUCUCAGACUGCUCACACGUGGCUGCUUGCCUUGGACACUCUUUAUCACUUCAAGCCUUCCCGUGAUCCCCUUUUAUCCUAUGCUGCUCGCGAGCUCCGCGCUUCUUUUAUGGCGUUUGAUCUCAUUCUCGCUGAUUCGGUACAUCCCGUUGACAAUAUUCUGCUACGUGCUGUAUGCUUUAUGUCGUCCAUCCCCUUCUCAAACUUCAAGACUUUGUCCGAUUACCGCGAUAUGUUAGUCAGGGCUGGUUAUGCGUCUGAUAAUAUCGAAAUACACGAUAUCUCUGAAUAUGUGUUUUCCGGGAUCGGAGGAUAUAUGGAGCGGAGAGAAGCUGAGUUGAGGCAGUUUAAAUUGAGCCUUGGAAAGCUACAAGUUGCAGGAAAACUGUUUAGUUGGUGGGGACGGAGCAAUAUUGUGAGAGGAGUUGUGGUUGUUGCGAGAAGAAAUGCUAUAUAAGUUCCAUGUAAGGGAG